GGCGUAGCAGAUCCGCACUCACACACACACACACAAGCAGGAAACCGCUGUGUGUUCUGCUUGCGCCCUUUCUGUUGUUGUUGGUGGUUUCUCCUUCUCUCUUUACCGGACUCCCCGCCUCUUCGUGGGUAUUGUGCUGCUGCGACUGCUAUGCUCUGUUUUGUUUUCCAGGGCGUCUCCUCGUUCACGUAUCCGCUCGCUCCUUCGCUUUCAUGCCCUGCCACGCGCGACGUGAAAAGCGGCGCGCCGUGCCACAGCUUUCGUACUCCUCCACUGUGAGGAUCGCGGUACUAUCGCUGUCGCUGCUGGUGCUGCUGCUUUCAUGUGUAGCCCUCCCGCAGCUGGCACGUGCAAGCCCAACUGUGUCCACCAUUACCUCCACCUCCUCCCUGUGCCCGCGUUGCCCGCUGUGCGCACGUCGGCAGACCUCCCUGCGUGACCGCCUGAAGUACUGCCACAGCACCUCGAGCUACGCGCUCUCCCUCUUCUCCAGCGGUGGGUCGGAGCUGGCCACUGCGACGGCGGCAGGGGCAAGCUACCGCGAGCAGCGCCAUCGCUACCCUUUAGAGCUCCCCUUUGCCACGGACGACGCCGUGCGGGCGCAGUGCGUGCGGGACGCAACCGAUCUGCUGGCCUCGCGCGUGCGGGGGCAGCCGCAGGUGGUUAAGCCGCUGCUCGAGGUGCUGCGCCGCAAGCUGGCGUUCCCGCGUGAGCCCGUUGUAGUGCACCUCGCCGGCGACAAUGGAGUCGGCAAGACGCACACUGCCCGUUUGGUGUCGCAGGCGCUGUCGCUGCGCUGCGCUGCCGACCGUGACGUGUGCGACGCCGGUGACAAUCUGCUGGUGAUCGCCGGGACCGGCUUUGACGGGAUGCCGGUGUCGGAGGCACGAGGGCGGAUUGUGCGGCAGGUUACGGCCCACAUGGAGCACUACCCGCAUGGGGUGGUGUUGAUCGACGACCUUACCGCGAUGGAGCCUGCACUGGUCGCCGCCUUGGCACCACUGUUUGGGCGGGCAAGCCACUUUGCGGAGCAGCUGACGGACCCGCAGGCUGAUUCUACCCACAGUAGUAACGUGAAUAACGAUAAUCACCUCCGUGGCAGUAGCAGUCAAAAGGGGCUGUUGUCGUGGGCGUGGAGGCCGUUUUCGUCCCCGCUGAAGCCGCCACCGCCGCUCUCGCAGCUGCUCGUCUUCAUCACCACCGACUUUGGUCGUCAGGGCCGCACCGUUGGCAAGUCACGCGCGGACAUCGAGGCAAUGGUGCAGCACGAUUUCGCCUCCCUCUACGGCACGUUGCUUCCAGCCUACACUCGCACCUUUGUCUUCUUCCCCUUCACGACGCAGGUCGCGGAGGAGGUGGUGCGCAGCGUCGUGACCGACCUGCCCUGCGCGCUGGGUGAGCAUCUGAUCGCCGAGAGCUGGAUCAGCGACGACGCCGUGGCUUUUUUGGUCGAGCAGCAUCGAGCGGCGUGGGCGGGCAAAGAGAACGGACACGCCUUGCGGCGGCUGGUGGAGGAUGAGCUCGUCUCACAGCUCAUUGUGCAUUGGGAGCUGCACGCGGUGCGGGAGCGGCUGCUGGUUCGCUUUGAGUUGGACGAGGCGGAGCUGUGUGUGGUGCUGCGUUUGCCUAACCAACACGCGACAGCCGUGUUUGACGUAGAUGCUGUGAUGCCAGCGCCGGAGGACGAUGCGGCGUCCGAUGAGGGCACUGCGGGUGACCUGUGA